CAAGCUGCAAGCUGAGUUCUCGCGGUAGUUUUUAAUUCACAAACAACCCGAAUGCUGCACAUUAUUAUUCCGGCUUGCCAAGUUAGAUGAAGACUUGUCCACCUGUCUGCUACUAAAAUCCAACACCUUCACUCUCAUCAUGGCAUCAAAGGAAUCUACGCUAAAGGGUUUUCUUUCAUCAACCACUGUUUUUAUUCUCAUUCUUAAUACUCCAGGUUUUUGCAGCACAUUCAAUGUAAACUGCUCCAAAGCAGACCAAGAGGGCUUGCUUGCAGCUCUGGGCCCCGUCAUUGACCUGAAGGCCAUACGGCCAGUUGUGAACCAAACAACAUGCUCAAACAUCACUGUCUACUUUACUCUUUACGGGAUAUUAGGAGUGGAUGAAAAGUCACAAGUUCUAAUCACUUACAUUUGGCUGCACUACUGGUGGAUGAUUGAGUUUGCCAGGUGGAACCCGGUUCAGUGUGGCCUAGAAAUGAUUACUCUUCCCAAGAAGAACUUUUGGCUUCCAGAUAUUGUCAUCAGUGAGUUCAUGGAGGAAAACAAAGCACCAUCUGUGCCAUAUUUGCACCUGUACAGUGAUGGAAGGGUCCAAGAGGGUCUUCCCCUUAGAGUUGUGAGCUCCUGUAACCUCGACAUCUAUACUUUCCCCUUCGACAUACAGAACUGCUCUAUGACUUUCAACUCUUACGUCUAUGAUGCUACUGAGAUAAACGUGAUUUUAGGGCGAGACCCAAAAAUAAUCACCGCAUCCUCCAAGAAUGUGAUGACCACCCUAGGUGAAUGGGAGCUGCUGGAUAUCACAGCCCAGAAGCCGAUGAAUGAUGUGUCUGAUCUUUACAUUGACAGGCUUGUAUUUUAUAUCCGGGUGCGACGCCGUGCCACCAUGUACGUGGUGACCCUGCUGCUCCCCAGCUGCUUCCUCAUUACGGUGGAUCUCUUUAGCUUCCUCCUGCCUCCUCAGAGCACAGACAGAUCCUCCUUUAAGAUGACCCUCAUCCUGGGCUACACCGUAUUCCUGCUCAUUAUGAGUGACUUGCUGCCUAUCACAGGAAACACCAUACCUCUAAUAAAUGUGUUCUUCUCCCUUUGCCUGGUUCUGAUGGUGGGCAGUCUGUUGGAGACGAUCUUUAUCACCUACUUGUUAAACAACGCAUCUGACUUCUCUCCUGUCCCUCAGUGGGUCCAGGCAGUAUUUCUGAAUUUUCUUGGUUGUCUAGUUUGCAUGCCACGAAGGAAUAAGAAACCAAAGGAUUCAGGAACAACAAAUACGUUUGAUGUAAAACCUCCCAAAACAGGAGGUCCAGUGGAGGAGGACGAGGCCCUACAGGAGCUGAAGAGCCUCAGCCACAUCCUGCACACCCUCCGCCUUCAGGCGGAGCAGCAGACAAAAGAGACCCAGAGCUCAGAGGAGUGGAUCCAGGUGGGCUUCAUCAUUGACCGUCUGCUCUUCGGCCUCUACAUCGUCUUCAUAUCGGUCGCCUUCAUCACCAUCAUUGUAGUCUGGGUGAACUCCUCCAAUCAGUAGAUUGCUGCAUGCUGCCCAAAUUUAUUACACUAGAACAUUUUGAAUAAACGCAUCUACAGUAGUAACGAUUUUCACAUAGCAAUUAUAGUACAGUAGCUACUUGUACUUUGAAUUAUUGUGAAAUAUAAUGUAAUUCUCA